UCAAAACUAUUGUUGCACCAUUAACGUAAGCUUUAAUAAUAAUGAUAUUUUCGGCAAAUGCAAAAUGCAUGAUAGCUUGGGAACAGAUGCGUCACAGAAUGAGUAAUACUGCGGCAACGAUAAUAAUUUUAAAAGAUCGAACAAUGCAUAGUAAACAAGUUUUCAGCAUUUCAGACAGUAACACGUCUACUAGUUUUGUUCUUGAACAACUGAAACGUGUCGUAUUUCAGAAUUGUUGUCCUUUAUGUGUGCCAGGUGGACAAAAGAUUAGGAAACUAAUACGUGAAAACUUCUGUGGACAAGAGAAGCUGUACUAAUGACAAAUGUGUAAGAAAUUGCCUCAUAGAGUCGGACAGAUGCAUAAUCAGACAGAUACAUCCGAGUAUGUUCGUCUACCAGUAUUUGAUAUGGGGGACCGCACUUUCUGUUGUUAUCGCACAGAGCCAAAGUUCCACCACAUCUCCUUUGCAUUACGAAGUCUCCACUGACGUGAAAGUUGUAACGCAGAAUCCAGUUCUUCUAGAUUUGUUUCCGCUCGACGUUUUCAAUAAAACACUUGGUUUUCCGUCUAAUUUAACAACCGCUUUGAGCCUUGGAGUCUCCAGAAGCAGAAAAAAUAGAACACGCCAUCGUGUUUAUCCAAAGACGAAAUUUUCACCGCCUUAUGAGUUCAGUAAAUCAUUUACUUUCCCACCAGUCCCACAGUUCGAUUUUGCUUCCAUUAAACCAGUGUCAUUUGAAAAUAUAGGAGACAAUAGUACACACAAGAAUAAUUUCUACAGGACCUAUCCGCAAGGGGAAAACGAGAAACCCAUUAAAGACGGAAUUAUACAAUUUCAUAACGAUUUGUCCCCGCUUGAAAUUCAAAAAUGGGCUAAUCUGGGAGUAACAAAUUUAAAAAUUCCAAAUCAUUCAAUAAAUUUUGAAGAGCCAGUAUUUCAUGUUGGAAAAUAUGGAAAAUUAGGAGGAGGAGCAGCAGCUUUGGGUGUGCUUCUAGCAAGUGGUGCCGCUUGUUGUAGGAAAAAAUCUAGAAACCUUCGUGAUACUAGACCAGAAGAAGAAGAAGAAGAAGGAUGUCAAAAUGAUACACUUAUUUUGAUCCCGGAUAGUGAUGAAACAGACUCUAGUUAUUUGUUCAGCUCUGCUGAGAAAAAUGUCCGCUGUGGAACGUAUUGCUACAGAAUACAGAAAAUAUCUACCAGAUUUGAAGAACGCUACAAAGAAAACAGCAUACUCGAUAGAGAAAGAAGCCAAAUAUAUAACGAUUUUCGUGAACGUUCAUCUAGCAUUAGUAGUAAUAACUGGAUUUGUUCUUAUUCCCAUUGGAAAAGAGAGACAGUUCCACUUCACAAUCGCUUUCUUAGAGGAUUACUGCAAUUUACCUAUGUUGGAAGUGUUUUACUACAUCAUAUUUCCGGUGUCUGCUUUACAGUCCGUUCGCUUGUCACAUGCACUGUUGUAUUUUGUCUCACAUAUAAAAUUUGGUAUUUACGUGUUUCUUGAUUUCAUGAAAGACAUGUGUUCAGAUUAUGACAACAAAGACGACAACGAAUUACUCGAAUUGAAAGAAUACCAGCACGUAAUUAAAGAGCUACUCGUGUCUACAGUUAUCAGAGUCAACCAUUUAAAUAAAAUAACAAACAAUGUAUGUGAUGUCUGUGCAGAGAUGAUACCAGCAAUCGUUAUUUCUGGAUUUUUGAUGGGACUAAGUGCAAUGAGUUUCGCUUAUCUUGGUGGUAUUCUGGGCUACUGGUGUUAUUUUCAAAACUUCAUGUGGUGUGUCUCCACGGUAUCUGUCUUGCUACUGUAUACACAAUGUGGCCAAGAAUUUGAAAAUAUGACAGAAAAACUUUUUGACGUGCUUUGGGAAAUUCGUUGGACCUCCUUUGAUCGAAGCAACAGAAAAAUAUUUCUACUGACAAUGGUGGCGCUUCAGGAGCCUAAGAAAUUAAGUUUUACCGAAACUGUUUCCUGCAACUACGAACUUGGAGUGCAGGUUUCCAAAGUUCUCUACUCGUUUGCGGCCCUCAUGGCUAAGCUAAGGAUUUACCAUGAAGAUUAAAAUAAUAAUUUUUACGUUCUAAUACUGAAAUUACAUAGUAGUUAUUUUUGUACCAAUUCAGUAAAGUGAUUCUUUAUUGAACGAGUUAACGAGUUCGAUAAAUAAAUUUACUUAAUUUAGGUAUGCCAAAAAUGGCGCUUUGUCUUGUUCACUAUUAGCUUUGCAUUACAGUGGUAUGUUGAAGAGUAACUUGUAAAAUUUGCUUUUUCUACUUUGCGUCAAUAAUAUUUUCAUUAUGAAACGCAUAUGCGUUUCACAAUAGAUAAUGGCAUUUCAUUUUAUUAUAGCACGCAAAACAGUACCUUUUUCAUUGAUUUUAUUGGCAAUGUUAUUAUGCGGGCAGUCGAAAGAUUGCCAGUGAACAUUGUUAAGAAUAAGUAGCCAAAAUUUCAUCUAUUUGCUCCCUUCUGUGUUAAAUGAUCACGAAAAUGUUGAUUUUGUUAUUAAUCGCCUGUUAAAAAUUCCUAAUCGAAAAUAAUUUUUUUUAGAAUAUAUUUUUAUCAUUUAUUUACAAUGCAAAGUAGAAAAAAUAGAAUAUUACACUCUUUUCAUAUGGCGACUUGUGGCACUCAUUCUAUUGGGCUACUCCUCGCUGCGCUCGUCGUGGUCAAAACUCAUUCCUGCCACAAUAAUCAUUAUUAUAUGAAAUACGUAUAAUAAUGUACUAUUAGUUGCUGUGAUGUAAACUGAUGUUCUAUUUAAUUUAAUAAUAGCUAUAAUAAUGUUCAUUAUGCACAAAAAUUUUUACUACAGU